UUCGUUGAAUCUCAAAACAAUCCCAGUACCGAUCCUGUUCUCGUCUGGCUGACUGGUGGUCCAGGAUGCUCCGGCCUUUCCGCACUACUGACUGAAUGGGGACCAUUCAUGUGUGUAACUGCAAAGGAAGAAGGACCACCUGGUGUGACAACGGCGAGAACGACGUCCGAGAAAACUACAGAAAUUGUGACGAAACGCACAACCGAGAAAUUUAUAACAGGUGAAGAGUGCACUCCUGCAAACCAACCUACACCAAAGGUAGAGAGUGAAGGUUCAAAGACUGCUGUGCAACCCACACCGAAAACGGAUGAAGGCUGCAGGACUGCAUCUGAGCCUACUCCAAGAGCGGAUGAGGGCUGCACGACUGCUCGCGUGCUCACACCGAAAGCGGAUGACGGUUGUCGGACUGCUUCUGAGCCUACGCCUACGGCUGAAAGGUGUGUGACUGCUGUGCAACCAACGCCAACACCGGCUGAAGUGUCUACGGCUGUUGGUCAACCCACACCGCAAACAACAGAGUGCGUAACUGCAAAGGAAGAAGGACCACCUGGUGAGACAACGGCGAGAACGACGUCCGAGAAAACAACAGAAAUUGUGACGAAACGCAUAACCGAGAAAAUUGUGACAGGUGAAGAGUGCACUUCUGCAAAGCAACCAACACCGAGAGUAGAGAGUGAAGGUUCGAGGACUGCUGUGCAACCCACACCAAAAGCGGUA